AUGUCUGAAAUAAUUUCGACUUUUGAUUCUUCUUUAUUAGAAUUUUGUGAUGCCACUGUAUGGAUAGCCCAGAAACUAAAUGGCACUUCUUCAAAUGUGGUAUUGGAUAUCGAAACAAAAUUAAAUGCUUUGUAUCCACUGGCAGAAAAAUACGACAGGUCUUUUAGAUCAAGUAAAGUUUUGAUAAGUGAUGAUCUUACUUUGAAGUUGGAGAGCAAUUCAUCAACCCUAUGGAAUCAUAUAGCUGUUAUUAUUAGGACGGAGAAGGAUAUUAAUAGAAAAAUUAUUUUGGUGAGAAGUCAGUUAUUUGCUACUUUGCUUCUUUCUAUACAUGAAGCUUUGAAUCCCUCAGAUGAGAGAAAAUUGAGAUCAUUUAAGUGCUAUAUUAUUAUUCUAAAAGUAAUAGUUGACCUAAAAGGAUCUCAUAAGGCGUUUAUUCAGAGAAUUCAAGAACAUGCAGAUAAACUGCUUGGAAUUUUGGAAGAAAAAUUUGAUAAUUUUGAUCAAGAAGCUGCUAUUCAAUUCAGGAAACUGAAAUUAGAAUAUUUUGUUCUUUGCUUGCAAAUAACUUUAAAAGAUGGCGAUUUAAAAAUGGCUAAAAUGUAUGAUGCGAGGGCAGAAAUUGAAAAGAACAUUGACAUAUUAAACUCACCUUUACUUUUAGAAAUUUGCAGAAUUGUUUACAAUUCAACACUGGAAUUACAAGUACAGUCAAAAGAUGGAAAUGAUCCCACGGACAUUAAAAAUUCCAGCGAUUUACUGAAAAAUAUCUUAAGAUACUUAGACUUAGACAUUGAAGGUCUUCAAAGCCAUUCUAAUUAUAUGGGAAUAAAAUUCUCAGUUCUAACUCUCUUGACGAAAAAUUUAAUAGUGACGCUGGAUUCAGAAUCUUUCUCCAAUGACUGUGACAAAUAUAUUGCUAUUUUAAAGUCUGAAUUCCCAAAAAAAGUCGAGUGCUAUACACUUGCCAUUGAAUAUAUGAAAAAACAGAACAAUCCAAAUAGUAUAAAUGAUUUGAUUCAAGAAAAUAUAAUGCAGAUGAUUGUAUCUGUAAAUACUUCAGAAAAUUUAGAUUUAGUUCUAAGAUGUAUAAACAGCUUAUCAGAAAAUUCGACAAAAUCUGGAAACAUUUGCCUGGAUUAUUUAUUAUUUAAUAAAAUUGACCCUCAAACUGACCACAACCUUUUGGAGAAAAUUCUAAUUACUAGAUUUUAUACUACGACACAGUCGAAAAGCAUGACUGAGCGUGAAGUAAUUGAAAGUUUAAAGGAAUUUAAUUCCCAACUCGAGAGACUUAUCACCAAAGAUAUUUCAAUAAGCACUGUUUCUGCAAUAAUCACUCUAAUUUGGAAUUCUGGUAAAAAUAUGGAAAAAACUAACAAUUAUCAGCAAGCAAUUGAUUUAUAUACCAUUGGACUUCUUGAUAUUUUCAGCAAAGGAUAUGUGGAUAAGGCAAAGUUACAAAGAGCUUUAAUAAAUUGUUAUAUUAAAAUCGAUAACUACGAAAAUGCCAAAUAUACGUAUGAUCUAAUGAGUCCGCAAGAUAAAGAAUCGCCACUAAGUUUGCUGUUAAUACUCAAAGUUUCGAUAGAGGAAAAAAAUUAUGACCAAUCAAUUAAGUAUUUGGAGGCAAUACAAUCAGCCCCAUAUGAAAAUUCGUUAGAAACACUGAUUUUGGCAGUUUCACAAUGUAAAGAAAACACAGAUCUCACAGUAAAUGCGCUAAAUCUUUUAUUCACAAAGAUUGAAAAUGAGCAUCAGUCAGAUGCUAAAGUCCAUGCGGUAACAAUUCCAACCCUGAGUCUCUCCAGGUACACAAUCCAGUUGAUUAUGAAAUUAUCAGAAGAUUCAGGGACUGACGCUUUCUUAUAUUAUUUUCCGACGUUAAUUAAUCUUCUUCAAAAAUCAUACAGUUAUCUGGAAAGGAUCAAGUUAUCCAAUAAACUUGGAAUAGGUUCUGAAGAAAAAUCACCAACAGAUAUUAUUUCCAUAAAUGAAAUCGAAUGGUUUGCAUCAACUGCAUACAAUAUUUCUGUGAAAUGUAUUUCAGAGGAACUUUCGGUUAAUCCUCUAAAUAUUAUUCAACUAGCGUCUGAUUUCUUAAGAUUGCUACCGACUGAAGACAUUAGUUUCCCAAAGAGGUUCCACUUUUUAUUUUGGAACUUUAGAACUGAAAUACUAAAACUUGUGAUUAUGAGCAAAGAAUCUGGAUUAAGCAGCCAAGGCUUAGAAAAUAUUCAAGAUAAAUCAAAUCAAAUAAUAAAUGAAAUAUUGCUAAAAAAGAAGGACAGCCACAUCCAAAACCUCCUAGACACGGAAAAAAUUGAGAAAUUAGAUCAAUGCAUCGUUGAUAUCUUUAGUAUAUCCUACGAAACAAUAUUAAAAACUAACGAUAGGAAUAAAAUUAUGGCAAUAGUUAAUGCAACAGAGAAAUACGAUGAUAAGAGGUUAGAGACAUAUUUAAUCACUAUUCCCCUUUCUAUGUCAGAGUUCCCAAAGGGUAUCUUGGUUGAUAUUUUAGAAACUGUCAUUGACAGAAAUAUUUCCAAUUUUUCCCUACCAGAUGAACAGAUAAUUUUAUGGGUGAAGAAUUUAUUGUCUUUCAAACAGACUUUGGAACAAAGUAUCAAUAUUUCGAUAUUAGAGAGAUUAUACGCCAGAAUAAAGAGAAAUAAUUCAACUUGGAAGGAAAUACAUGAAUCCUCGAACCAAAAUAUUGAAAUGAUAUCUACAUUAUGUUGGAACCAAGGUGUCACUGCGAUUAUGAAGGAUCAAAAAAUGCUAGGAGUUAGUUACUGUGAAAAAUCUUUUCAAUUUGCAAAAUUGGUUAAUGAAUCAUUUUUGGGUCAACUGAAACAACUAUGGAUUUCACUUUCCUCCUCUGCAGAGAUCGAUGAAUCCCUUAUUGAAUAA